UAUAAUAUUUCAAAUUAAAAUUUUAUUGGGAAUUCUUCUUUCCACUAUGACAAAGAGAAGAGUAACAUUCAAGGAAGAUCUUGAAGAAAUUAAAAGAUUUAGAAAUGACGAUGAAAAUAAUAUUCAAAUAAAUGAAGUCAAAAAUUUGAAUAAAAUCAAAAGGGUUUCUUACUCAUUUAAAGACAAGCAUUCGUUGGAUAGUGAUGAGGAGGAUAUUGAUAAGGAGAAUAAUGACGAAAACAUUAAAGAUUUAGAAAUAAAUGAAAUAGAGGAAUGUGAAACAAUAAAUGAGUAUGAUGGAAUUAAAAUAACUCCUUUUAAUAUGAAAGAAGAAAUGGAGGAAGGCCAUUUUGAUAACUCUGGAAACUUUAUUUUUGACAAGAAAACAGUGGAAAUUAGAGAUAAUUGGAUAGAUAAUAUAGAUUGGGUUCAAAUUAAAAAACAAGAAAAUAAUUCAAUUAUAAAAGAUAAUAGUGAUUCCUCAGAUUCUGAAGAAGAAAUUUUGCCACCAACAAAUUUUAUUGAAGCCUAUAAAAAUUUAAUACAAUUUUUGGAACCUGGUGAAAAUAUAUUGAAAGCUUUAAAACGUUUAGGUAAAUGUAAUAAAAAGAAUUCUGUACCAGGAAAAUAUUCUGCAUCUGCUAGCGAAAGACUAAAAUAUAAGAAGGAAUUAAGAGAAAUAGAAAAGAAAAAUGAUGAUAUAUCUUUGCAAACAAAUGAAGAAAAUGAUAAAACUGAAAAUGAAAUAAAAGCUCUUUUAAGACUCACUGAAUUGGCUGAUGAAAUGUUGCAAAAUGGCGUAUUUGACAUUUAUGAAUAUACACAUGAAAAACUAUCCCACCUUAUUAAGCAAAAUGAAGAAUCACCAAAUUUAACACUCAAUAACAGUGAUAAUAAAAUAUUAAAAGAUUAUUCCACAAAUCCUGUAGAUGAAAAUUUGGAUAUGUUUGAAACUAUCGAUUAAUCAUUAAAUAAUUUUAUUUUUAUGAAUCA